AUGAUUGAAUGUGUACCAACAAAUAGGGUUGUUGUGAUGUAUCUAGUCCACCCAGGUGGCUUACCACAUAGAAGUCAGGUUGUUGAUGAUAACUCACACGAAGGGAAGACAGUCUCAAAUUCACAGUCAGGUUCUGAAUAUGUGUUUGAACUCGAGUUAGCAUUAGAUUCAAGUGAUUAUGAAGAUUUAAUGGAUGAGUAUGUCCACCCAGGUGGCUUACCACAUAGAAGUCAGGUUGUUGAUGAUAACUCACACGAAGGGAAGACAGUCUCAAAUUCACAGUCAGGUUCUGAAUAUGUGUUUGAACUCGAGUUAGCAUUAGAUUCAAGUGAUUAUGAAGAUUUAAUGGAUGAGUAUGAAGGUCAGAUAAGGGUUGAGGUUAGAAACAAUACACACGGUCAAGAAAGGGUUGAAGGGACUUUUAAUAUGGAUGAUGAAGAGCAUGAUGAGGAUAUUAACUUAGAGCCUAGAUCCUUAGUUGAUUUGGAAAGUUUGGAUGGUUCAAUCUGA